CCAGAAAUACAGUAAAGUGGAUAAAAAUUCCACACGAAAGACAAGUAGACCAGAAGACCUGUUCUCUAUCUACUUGCUUAAUCUUCUUUAAUAUUUUCCAUGUCCAAUUCUCUAGCUUAUGUUCCAUUAAUCCCUUUCUAAAUUCUCAAAGUAAUAUCCUUGUGCUUGCAUUUUUUUUAUUUUAUUUUUUCUUCUUUAGCUUUCCUAAUCAAUAUCAUGUUUAAGGCAAUGGCGCAACGGUUGCAUGAAGUAUUUAUGCUUUUCUUCUUAGCAAUCUUCUCCAAGGCAGCAGCUGGCCUUAACAAGCCUUAUUCAAGGGCAAACUUGCCGCCAGUCGACGGACCUUUUGACUAUUGCCUGAGCUGGAGGCUGGCUGUGGAGGCUAACAAUGUGCGUGGGUGGCGGACUGUUCCUGCUCAGUGCUUGCGCUAUAUUGAAGCUUAUAUGAUUGGAGGUCAGUAUGACAGAGAUCUUGACUUCAUUGUAGAGCAGAUAUGGAGUUAUGUUAGCGAGAUUGUUCGCUCUGGUGAUCCCAUGGAUGCUUGGAUUCUUGAUGUUGAUGAUACUUGCAUCUCCAAUGUUUUCUACUACAAGGGAAAGCGAUAUGGGUGUGAGCCGUACGAUCCAGCUGGUUUCAAGGCAUGGGCAUUGAAGGGAGGGUGUCCAGCCAUUCCUUCUAUGCUCCGAUUGUUUAGGCACUUGGUCGACAGUGGGUUUAAGGUGUUCCUUGUCACUGGCAGAGACCAAGAAACUCUUGGCCAGGUGACUGCUGAUAAUUUGCAUGAUCAAGGAUUUAUUGGCUAUGAACGACUCAUUUUGAGGACUGCAGCAAACAAAGGACAAGGAGCGGUUGUAUUCAAGUCUGCCAUUAGAAAGCAACUGGUAGAAGAAGGCUACAGAAUAUGGGGGAAUGUCGGGGACCAGUGGAGUGAUUUACAAGGAGAAUUCACAGGCAACAGAACUUUUAAGAUUCCAAAUCCAAUGUACUUUGUCCCCUGAAUUCUGUGGAAUACUGCUUACUUGGUCUCUGAAAAUGAUCACAAGACUUGUAGCUGUGUUCUUGUUAUGAUAAACUUGUUCUUAUUCAAAUCAAUAAAAUCAAACAUGUGAAGCAAUAAACUGAUUAUUAACACAAGUUCAUAAUCAAGUAUUCUGAUAUAAGUAAACUUUCUAUGAUUAUUUUUC